AUGCACCUCAAACCUCACCGCCACAUGCCUCCGGGCCUCUCCAAACGUGACGACCCUCCGGCUGCAGAAUUCGAGCUUCUCGACAAACGCGCCCAGGUCAAGGAAGUCAACGAUGAUGUUGCGACAGUCUUCUCGGUCGUCUACGUAACGGCCUCUGCCACCUUCUCUGGACCGACAGCUGGCUUUGUUACUCUCGGAGCCAACCCCACCACCAGUGCAAAGGCAGCCAAGUCCACGGCCGCAAAGAACACCGACGAUGACGAUGACCACACAACUGCUUCCCAGGCCAAGCAGACAUCACAAACAGCCAGAGCGAGCACCUCAUCCACAUCCUCUGUCAAAGUGACCAGUACCUUGUCACCUACUGCAAAGUCGACCGCUACCACACUGUCUUCCUCGGCGUCCUCAUCAUCACUCGUCUCGACUUCAUUGGCCGUCCUUACCUCAUCUGCCGCUGCAUCCUCUACAAUUGCUUCUUCAUCCAUCUCAUCUGCCGCAAAGGCUCAAGCCACAUCUUCAAGUUCGGCCACAGCAUCAGCGGUGGCAGAUGCAACUUCUAGUGGUAUGAGCGGAGGCGCAAAGGCCGGCAUUGCUCUUGUGGUCAUUUGUGCCAUCGGUGCUCUAGCUGGUCUUGCCUACUUCCUCAUUCGCAAGAAGAAGGCUCAACAGAAGCAGGCCAUCGGUAUGGAGAGACUCGACGACGAGAAGAAGGGCUUUAUGCGCCAAAGCCCCGACCCUGCGACCAUUCCUCAACCUCCUCCUUCGACACGAAGCACUGGCCCGGCACCUCGCCUCAGUUACCGCCCAACAUCUCAAUGGUCGCCCAGCGUCAUCGGAGAUGCCGAGAAGGCCGCUGCUGGAGCAGCUGCCGGUGUCAUGGGCAGAAACAGUGACCCGUCCAACCCCUUCGGUAUCCAUGCUCAAACUGUCGAGUCCCACUCGAGGGACGUCAUCUCGCCUAUUCCCGAAGAGCGCUCUCUUAGCCCGCCUGUCGAACUUCAAGGAAGUCCCGUCCCUAGUCCCACUGCAUCCAACUUCAACCUCAACUCUGGAACCGCAACUCCCAGCAAGGCUGAGGUUGGCAUGGCUUCUGCUGUCCCCGUGGCUGCUCUCGCAGGUGCCGCCGAUCCUCCUGGCAGCACUGUUCACCGUGUCCAGCUUGAGUUCAAGCCCUCAAUGGAUGAUGAGCUCGAGUUGAAGGUUGGCCAAGUUGUGCGAGUCCUGCACGAGUACGACGACGGUUGGCCAAGGCCUGGCCCUCCUCCUGGUGCUAGAAACGGUCCUCCUCGUGCGGGUCCAGGUUCAAUGGGUCCUCCUCCUAGANNCCCAUUCCUGUUGCCAAAAAUCCGUCAAGGCUCAAAUUCGUCUCAAGGCUCUGCUGCAUCCCAAGCGGGACGUCCUUCGAUCGGUCCUUCCAAGCAGUCGUCUCCCACUCUGGCCGAGCAAGCUCAAUCACGUCAACGAAGCGCGUCCGCUGCUCCAUCUCCAACCAAGGCUGCCGCACAUUCUCGCCAGCGUUCAAUCAUACCCUCCGAUAUCCACAGCCGUAGUGCGUCAAUGGGCACUGUUCUGACCGACGGCAAGUCCGUGAAUGGCUCUGUUCCGACCACGCCGCUGGGUGUGCCUGCCCGAAAGCCAGUCCCAGGCCAGGCCAUGUAG